ACUUUUCCAACCCUCACAAGGGUUUUUCUUUUUUCAUUUUCUUUUUUGUUUUGUUUCGUUUCUCAAAACACUUCACAAAAACUCACACACACACACACACUCUUCCUUAUCGCACUUCAGAUUCAGAUAUCUAAUCUAAAUUUCUUCACUCAUGGCUUCAAAUUCGCAAAAGGAUUUUCCUGCUGAUGACAAAGCUGGUUCAGUAGAGAAUAAAAAUUCCAAAGAUGAAGCAUCCUCUAAAGCUACUCCUGGACCUGGGACUGGUUUUCCAGCCAACCCUUUUGAUUUCUCAGCAAUGAGUGGUCUGCUCAAUGAUCCAAGUAUCAAAGAAUUGGCUGAACAAAUAGCAAAAGAUCCAUCAUUCAAUCAGAUGGCUGAACAGCUUCAGAAAACUUUGCAUGGAGCAACACAGGAGGGUAUCCCAAACUUUGAUAAUCAGCAAUAUUUUUCAACCAUGCAACAGGUCAUGCAGAAUCCUAAUUUUAUGACCAUGGCUGAGCGCCUGGGUAAUGCAUUGAUGCAGGACCCAUCUAUGUCUUCCAUGCUUGAAAGUUUUACCAAUCCGUCAAAUAAAGAUCAACUUGAAGAGAGAAUGGCACGCAUCAAGGAAGAUCCAUCUUUGAAACAUAUUUUAGAUGAGAUAGAGACUGGUGGUCCCACUGCAAUGAUGAGAUAUUGGAAUGAUGAGGAGGUUUUGAAAAAGUUGGGACUAGCUAUGGGCCUUCCAACUCCUGGAGAUGCAGCUGCUUCUUCUGAAAAUUCGGGGCCAGAUGAGACAGAAGAUGUGGGAAAUGAAGAUGAAUCAAUUGUUCAUCAAACUGCUAGUGUUGGUGACGUCGAGGGCUUGAAAACUGUGCUAGCCUCUGGUGCUGAUAAGGAUGAAGAAGAUUCAGAGGGAAGAACUGCUUUGCAUUUUGCUUGUGGGUACGGUGAGGUGAAGUGUGCGCAAGUUCUCCUUGAGGCUGGAGCAAAAGUAGAUGCGUUGGAUAAGAACAAGAACACCGCUCUUCAUUAUGCAGCAGGUUAUGGCAGGAAGGAAUGUGUGGCCCUGCUCCUCGAAAACGGUGCUGCAGUUACACUGCAGAAUAUGGAUGGGAAAACUCCGAUAGAUGUUGCAAAGCUAAACAAUCAAAAUGAUGUUCUUCAGUUGCUUGAGAAAGAUGUUUUCCUGUAAUUGCUAGGCAUGAUGACCAAAAAGAAAAGUGAAAACUGAGGGAUAAAACAAAAGCUAUUUAUCUUUUGAUUUCUUUGAAUCGUUGUGUUAAACUAAGUGCUCGAUCUUAGUCACCAUAAAUUUGUUAUUUAAUAUGUAAUGCAUUUGUUUUUACACCGCGUGAUUAUUGAGAUUAGUGACGUAAUGGUUGCAUAUGGUAUUCUAGUUUGACUGGUUUCAUGUUCAUCUAAUAAAGAGAUCCAGAUCUAAAGUCA